CCCUUUUCAGUUCGCUGGGAACCUCCAAUCGAGUCGGUUGUGUGCUGUGCGCUAGUGAAUCGAAAUCGCCAAACAAACAUUAUUACCUGAGAAUCGGCGGCCUAAACAAAACAAAAAUACGCAGCACUGCCAAAAUACAAGGCAAAACAACAGAGACUGCGGCAAAAUGGACAGACAGACUGUCGAUUGAAAACAAACAGUACAAUGAAGUUUUAUUUUUGGAUCAGUUGGUAAAGAGAUUCAGUGCAGUGCAACUAGACCACCAAAAGUAACCGCGUUUUCAUAUCAAUUUCACAAUAAAUGAAAGAUAUAUAGCCGGAUUAUAUACAUAUACUAUUUCACUUUUUGGACUUUGAUCGCAUUACUCACGUGUCAUGGACAAGGUAAUCAUAUAUUGCUGCAUUCUAUGGACUGGACUUGGGAAAUAUGGAGCAGUGGCUCAUCCAAUUAUUGACACCGAUAGCUUUCUGGAGGAGACGUGCCCGCCUUGUCCAAACGAGAUACCCAUUUGCGACAAUGUAAUUGUAGAGGUGGAAAGGGGAAGCGGACUUCCGAGUAGCUGUUGUCCCCGCUACGAAUGCCGCGACGAGGAACCCGUCUGCGAUGGUUCAAAAAUGAGAUUCUAUAAGAACAAGUGCACCGUGUGCGAUCCCUGCGAGCCACUGGCAGUUCAAUGUAAGGAAAUGUGUGCCGUGGAAGAGGAAAUACCCAUUUGUUUGACCGAUAACAAUGAGUACAAGGAGCUUGGCGAUGUCUGGAAAGAAAACAAUGGUUGUACAACCGCCACUUGUCUAGCUGGAUACGUAUCCCGUGAAUCUGUCCAAUGCAACCAUAAUUAUCCAUGCAGUAAUCCCAUUGCGAUCAGGGGAGUAUGCUGUUUGGUUUGCCCGGAGGAACUCGAUGAGGGUGGUUCCUACAAUGGUCAUAUGCCAUUUGAUGAGACAACUCAGGGUCCCGAGAUUGUAGAUGAUGAUGGCAGCUCAGAGGAAAUAACCAUUAAGUAUAUAAACUCUACGACGUCACCUGAAACUUCUACUCCGAAUUUGGAGGCAACCGAAUCGUCCAGUGCGGUCAACAGCUCUACUAUUCCAACCGAAAGUUCUACUCUCGUUACGGAGGCAAGCGAAAUCUUCACAACCACUCCAAUCACAAGUGAAUCAACCAGUAUCGGUGUUAUAACUACAGAUUCCAGCUCUGAAACCCUUGAAGUUAUUGUCUCUUCCGAAUCGCCGGAUCUCAAGUACCCAGAAGUAGAAGAAGGGACUUCCAGCUCCGAUUCUCCGACUGAGACUACCACAAGUCCCACCACAACCGACGAUAUUGAAACUUUCAAAGGUUCGAGCACUUCUCCUGAAACUUAUACAGAUGAUGGUAUUACCAAUAUUGACCUAAGUUCUGAGAAAACUGCGGAAGACAGCAUUGAUAUAUCCACAGAGACGGCUAAAAUCAAUUUCUCUGUGAUAACCGAUGGGCCCAUGACCAAUCAGCCAGAAGCUUUGGCCCCCGAAUCCACCAGCCAAGUUAAGGAUCCCAACGAUUCAGAGGUCCAUCGCAGAUCGAACCCUAACUAUGUUGAUGUGCCCCAAGAGAAAAUAAAGAAUGAUUACACCUGGGUGUCUGGAGGAGCUGCAGUUGGCGUACUGGUGGUUAUUAUUACGGCGAUCUGGCUUUAUAGGAGAUAUUGUUCGAUCAAGAAAUAUCAGAUAGUGCCAGGCAGAGAAUUGAGCUCUUAUGUGAAUGUGAAAUGUAACGAUACGAAAGAAAAUGAAGCAAAACUUGUGAUUCCUGCACAGACAAACUCAUAGGUUGCCAUCUCAGUUUAUCAUGUUAUAUUAAGAUAUAUAUAUUCGUAACAUGUCACAGAUGGAAUCUAUUUUAAAAUGAAAAGAUAUUUUUCUCUGUGUGAUUUACAUCCUCCCGCAGACUGAUUUUUGAUCUUAAAAAUCUUUCAUCUAGCUUCGACUAGAGGAAAAUAUACCAAAAUAGUGGAAGAAGUCUGCAUGUUAAUUCUACUUAGGCAAAGAAACUAACUUCGUGGUCAGUCAGGAGAGCAUUUUAAAAUAAUUUCGCAGAAUUUAAGGACAACCUACAGACAUUGAAAGCAGCCAAGCCGAUUGAUCAACAUGGUGCACUGGCACUCGAUCUUAAGACUAUGCUCAAAUCAAUAGCUAGCGAUUAGUUUAAGCAGUUAGACAACCUUCUUUAAUGUGAUAGUUUUAAAUAGCAAAAGCGAGAAAAUCUGUUAAGGCAUACAAAAGUAAUUGUAAUUGGAAAGUAUUAAUAGAAAACUCUUUAGUUUGAUUGUAAAUUAUAAUUACCGUAAAACCAGAAUUCUAGCAUUAAAGUAAUUAUAUGUUAAAAGAAAAGCGCGCACUCAUUCAAUACUAAAUUAUUUUAGUUGAUUCCCUCAACUAUGUUCAUUCAUUCCUUUAUUACCAUUAUAUUAUUAUAUAUUAAACGCAAAGAGCAUGAAAAAUAAAGAGGAAAAAACCAAAGCUAUUCGAAAACGAAAA